ACAGAAACACGCCAUUCUCUAAGCAGGUUGUCUUAAUGUGUGAAAGAAAUAUUAGAGACGAGAAUGAUGAUAAAAUGGUUCAUAGUAACUGUUAUCAGUACAACAAGUCUGUGUGUUGGUACGUAUGUUUAUUUCGAUGAAAAGGUCAGUUUUGAUGCUGCUGUGGUGAAGUGUAAAGAUCUCGGUAUGGAAUUAGCUAUGGCAUCGACAAAACAGACAUACCACGCAUUGUUAGCGUUCAUCAACACGCUGUCAAUUGACGAGGAAGGAUUGUGGUUUGGACUGGAAUAUAAUCCUACUUUAGACAGAUACCAAUGGUUAAACGGCGAUUUAUUGGUGAGGGGAAACUGGAAAAGGCUUCAAGCACAGGACAAAGAUUGUGUUACUAUUAAAAACGAAAACAACUACCAGUGGGCUACACGCAGAUGUGAAAUUCCACGUCCUGUUAUUUGUGAAGAUCUUGGCCAAGAACCAAGAUUUAUUUUCUUUGAUAACCCCGUAUUAAACUACACAGAGGCGAAACAACUUUGUUCAGAUAAUGGCUACCAAUUUCCCUUAGUUCCAACUGAAGGAGAUGAGCUGGCUCUGGUAGACUUCAUCAAAAACGUGACCCCUGAUAGGGAUAUAUUUCUGGGGGUAGAGAAAAUGGCAGCUGGUAACUUUCAAUGGAUAAAUGGCCUGGAUGUUGAAUACUAUGCCUGGAAAAACAUAUCAAAUUGUCCUCUAAACAUCAACAUUCAACAUGAUGGUUUCUAUUGUGGAGAGAACGUAUCCAGACCGUAUAUCUGUGAAACCAAUACAUCAACAAGCUCCCAGAAGCCAUUCUUCGAACAUCUGGCUGCAGCUGUCGAUAUUCCAGCUGUACCUCUACAAGAAUGUUCUGGUAUAAUAAAAACACGCUGCGCCAUGUUAUGUUAUUAUAACAUACAAUGUUAUUAUUUUGCGUUUAAGUUACCACAUUGUAAACUUUAUGGUGAUGUCGACUACAUAUUGGUCGGGAAUGGUCUUUAUUCCGUGUGGUUUUAACGGAUCAAUAUCUGAUUGAUCCAGAUAUUCCAGUCCUAUCUCUACAAUAACGUUCUGGUAUAAUAAAAAAACAACCCAAUGUGUUAUGUUAUAAUAAUGAUGAAAUGAAAUUAAAUGGGGUUUAACGUCCUACUGUUCUGCUCCUAUACUGGGCUAAUGAAAUGAAAUGGGGGUUAACGUCCCACAGUUUUGUUCCGAACUGGGCUAAUGAAGACGGGCAUACGCAAUACAGUGUGCUAUGAGGGCAAUUUUACCCGGACAGCGACACACCGCCUACUCUUAUAUCGAAUUCCAACUGUCAAGGGAUCUUUUACGUGCACACCAAUGUGUCCAUGGGACCUCGGUUUUUCGUCUCAUCCGAAUGACAAGACAGCUGUCCUUGUCAGCUGGGCUAAUGAAGAAGGGCAUGCGCCAUACAGUGUAGUAUGAGGGACAUUUUGCCCGGGUAGCGGCAAUAUGGCCUACUCUUAUAUCGAAUUCUAACUGCCGAGGGAUCUUUUACGUGCAGUUAUAAUAUACAAUGCUAUUAUUUUACACGUUCUUUCUUAAUGACCGUAAUAAUAA